AUGCAUUUAUCUACUUUCUUUACUGCGCUUAUCGCCGCGGCACCGCUUAUCGUCAAGGCUUCUCCUUUCUCUCUUGUUGACGGAAACGAACACGGGCCACAGAAUAUCGGAGAAAGAGCCAUAUUCCCGAGGAUUAAAACAAAAGUCUUUCUCAGUCUUCUGCCUAACGACGUCAAAUUUACCGUCAAUGAAAUCAAGUUCAACAAGCCUGAUGGCUCUCAAGCCUGGCGAGAAGGAGGCCCCAGCAAGGUCCCUUUCACAAUCGCUACCAACGAGGCUAAGGGUACCGCGGUUAAGGCUGUCAAUGGCACGCUCACUGUCGGAAGCUCUACAUGGGGUAGCAUCAAACGGCCGGACCAUUUCACCUACUUCUGGCAGCUCGGCGACUCUAGAUGGGGAACCUGGACAUCAGAGAUAGGGGACUGGGCCUCUGCCGACGACACUUUCAUUACGGUUGGCUAUGUCCCCGAGACUCAGGACUAUGCUUUCGGUCUUACUACCAACACCGACGCCAUUACCAAAUUCCUACAGAGUGUAGUCAGAGGCAUUAUCAGUAUCCACAUGAUUGUUCUGUCUGCUGGAAGUAGUUCGCUAGGAACUGUGGCUUCGGUUGGAACUAAGGUUGCUCUUGCAGGAGCUAGCAAGCUUUCAUAA